UGAAACAAGCCGAAAUAUACGUGUACCUCUUUCUAGUUUUCUUCAAAAUGCAACACUACUUUUACAUGCUUGUUCUCUAAAACUACUUCUUAGUAUUUCAUACCAAAAUAUACAAAAUAAGUGAUACGUCUUUGAAAGAGUUUAAGGAGAACCCAGAGCAUAUUCUAACUAGUUAUGCGUACAAUGUCGUACAUAGCAUAAAACAUCGGCCUGGGAGCAAUCUUGUCAGAAGCCACCGUCAGCCGUCACGCUCUUCGUCAUGGCAACUCGCUUGGUUAAUGGCGGAAUCGAACAAAACGAAUUCAAAGACAAACCAAAUGAUGAAACAAAUUCUACAGCAAAAGGUACCGUUAAUGAAAAUGAAAACGUACUAAAUGGUACUGCAACUGAUACGUCAAUUCAGCCUAUCACUGAUGACAAGCAUAUGGUUCAGACACAGAUGAGUUCGUAUGGCCAAUAUACACAAAGUGGUGAUCAGACACAGACCUGUGUACAGCAGCGAAGUGACCAGAAGGAUAUUGCAACUUUCUCGUCUCCAAUUAUCACCACUAAUGGCGUUGAACAACAGACUCAAACAGAUUUAGAACCUGCUAUACCAUUGCUGAUUCCUGGUCAACUUGGUAAUACGCUGACAUCAAUUGUUAGCACUGAUACAUCAAAAUCUAGCCAGCCAAAACGUCUUCAUGUCAGUAACAUCCCUUUCCGAUUCAGAGAUCCAGAUCUCAGACAGCUGUUUGGGCAAUUUGGCCCAAUUUUAGAUGUUGAAAUCAUUUUUAAUGAGAGAGGUUCAAAGGGAUUCGGUUUUGUAACAUUCGCAAGUAGCGCGGAUGCUGAUCGCGCACGAGAGCAAUUGAACGGCACCGUGGUUGAGGGACGCAAAAUAGAGGUGCAUGACCUUUUACCUUUACUUUAUGAACCAUUGGCUGCCUUGCGUGGGGUAGCAAUUCAGAGAGGACGGGCAAGGGGAGCUUUUGCCACUGCCUUCACCAGGCACCCUUCUCCACUAACAGCUGUCGCAGCAGCUACAGCACUGCAUGGGUAUACUCCAGGUAUUUAUCAGGAUCCUUUUUUAGCCUAUGCUGGAGCUGAGAGAUAUCAGUUGCCGGCCACAUACGCAGCUACAGCAGCUUACACUGCAGCUGCUGCUCGGAGUUAUGCCGCUGCUGCUGCUGCUGCAGCUGCCCAGCCUGUUGCAUCAUAUGCCACUGUUGCAGGCACUCCAUCCUUGUACUACACUUAUGGACGAGAUUACACAGAUCCUUACCUAGGGCAUAGCAUAGGACCUGUUGCAGGAUACCAGGCUGCUGUUUACAGAAGUGGAUAUAAUAGAUUUACACCAUAUUAGAAGAAUAUUAUCUCAAGUGUGGAAGAGGGUUUAUAAGGAAAGCUGUCCUAUUUUGUUAAAUAAAUGUAAAGAAUCUGACACAAAUGAAGGAAAAGGAGAACCAGUGGCUUGUUUGACACAUCGACUGCACAAUAACAUGUGGCUGAUACUGCCGACCCUCUGAAAAUACUCACACAUGUUGGUUUUUAUUUUGUUAUUUAUAACUUAUUCCUUGCUCAAUCUCAACAGAGAUCUGAAAAUGGUAUUUUGAUCUGAUAUUUCAUAGAUUUUGACCUUGGAGCUGAAUUUGCACUAGACUUAAUACCAUUUUGAUUCUAAGAAUAUAUUACUGUCUUUAUUUUGUUUUGAUCAUGACUGUGUCUCUAGUCUAGUCAGAAAAAUCAGAUCUGCCCAGGGUGAUAAGUAACUAGAAUUUCAAUAUUUUAAUCUCAUUUAUUAGAAAAGAAAGAGUUAUUGUUUUAAGAUAAAUACUUUUGUGUCUAAAACUAAACAAAUAUAAGAAAACUUAGCAUUCUUUGCUGAAAGAUUCAUAAAUUUUAUACAUAAAGAAAGGAAAAUGUAAAUACUUUAAAUGAUCUGAUGAACACCUUUAAAACUGAUUCUUUACCCUUGUAAGUGAGAAUUACUAAGAAAGCUGUAUUUUUUUUUUAUUAUUAAAACUGUGCAGGUUUUAUGGUUGAAAACUGAUAAAAAAAAACUAUUUUGCAGAUAUUUUAAGCUGUGAAUUGUAACAGGUAAAUCAUUGUGAUACAGAGGGCCGGUUGUAAACUAGUGUAUCAGCUUUAUUUGUCAUUUGAAUAAACAGAGCCUCAUAUGAAAGAGUUUAAAAUAUUCCUCAGUAAUUAGCUUUAAUUAAUUUAUUUUGUGUCUUAA